AUGUCUCCUUGGGGAAAUAAGUCUACCCCAGAGGCAUAUGAAGCCCCAACUCAUGAGGACCAUACCUCUGAGACAAUCGAACCAACCGAACACAGCAGAUUGCUCCCCGAUAACGAGGGGUACCUGAGCCCAGAUGAUCCAGCAGUAUCCCCGUAUAACCUAUGGACCGUACGCGCACUCCGCGGCGUCUCGAUCAUCGCCCUAGCGCUCAGCUUCAUAUGGUGGACUUUCCUACUUGUAUCCAUCUUCGUCAGCCCGCCAAUGAUCCACCCACGCGGAUCAGGAUUCUUCGCUUUCUCAUACACAACUCUCGCGACGGCGUAUUUGGUGGUUGGGCUGCUAUUCUUCGCAGUGCCUUCGAAGCCGAUGACGAUCUGGGGGAUAAUCCUUGCCGCCCUCCUUCUCGUCGACAUGAUAAUUAUUCUCGCGGUCCCUCGGAUCCGACUCGAGGAGGGUUGGGUCGGAAUAGCCUCUGUUGUUUGGGUGACGCUGAUCUCCACAUAUCAGGUUGCGCAGAAUCGGGCCGUUGCAUGGGGUAAACGGGAGGAGGAGGAGCGUUUGACUGGCCGAGAGGAGACGAGAAGGUCGCUGAUUGAGUGGGUGGCUGUAUUCGCAGAGACCAUCCUGCUCGCCGCCAUGGCGAUCGCGACUGUGUUGUUCACUGCCACACUUAUCCUGCGUGCUUUUGAUGUUGGGCUGGAGGCCCCUGGUACGAGGUACCUGGUCCAUGGCGACUCUUACCAGGUCCACCUUGCGUGUUUCGGGAACAAAUCAUCCAGCAACGAUGAUUCUCCGACGAUUCUUCUCGAAGGUGGCAAUGGGCCUGUUGAACACACCUUGCAGCCUUUCAUUGAUGAUGUCUACAGCAGGGGAUCGAUCGGCCGAUACUGCUACUGGGAUCGUCCAGGUUUCGGGUGGUCUGAUAAUGCCCCCUCGCCUCACUCAGCAGGUAUGUCGGCAGAUGUGCUAGCCGAGGCGUUGGCCUUAGCAGGCGAGACUGGGCCCUGGAUCGUUGUCUCGGCUGGAGUUGGGAGUCUCUAUUCCAGGCUCUUUGCGAGUCGCAACCUCCUCGAAGUACGAGGCAUCUUCAUGAUCGACCCGCUUCAUGAGGAGUAUUUAGCAGACGUUGGACGACCGGGUCGCGGCUUCCUGCUCUGGCUCCGUGGCGUUGUUUCCCCGUUGGGUCUGGAUCGACUUGCCGGUGCUAUUCUACGAGGCCGCUCCCGUGAAGACCGCGUGAUGGGCCGUUCAGCUUACCAGUCUGGCAAGUAUAUCAAGGCCAAGCUGCAGGAGAGUCUUGUUGCUGUGACGAUGACCGCUGCGGAAAUCCAGUCUGCCCGUCAUGUCCAAAUGGGUCACGCUCCAGUAGUUGUCGUCAGCUCGGGCCAGGAAGUUCGAAAGAGCUCUCUUUGGGAAGAGCGUCAGGAGGACCUGUCGCACAUCACCGAUAAUCUUCUUUCUUGGGAUGUGGCCAAAGAUGCACCGCAUGAGGUUUGGAAGACAGGUCAGGGCAGAGAACUUUUGGAACGACGAUUGAAAGAGUUGGUUGAGGCAACUCAGGCAUGA